UCCAUUUUCCCUCUAUGUCCCGCCAAAUAAAAUUUACAGCUUUCCCUCAUCAUUUUAAAUUUCGCUCUCAUUCACAACAAUGAGAGACAGGAAAAUUGAAAAACACCAAAACGACAGCAACGAAACGCAAAAAAGGAGUCCCAGACCCACAGCGACCGAGCGAUGGUCACAAACCCUAACAACUCUUUCGCGAAGACAAUCUGCUCCAUCUGCUAUGAAGAUCUCAAGCCCAUUGUCGAAGAUCUCCAAUCAAUCUCCAUUUGUGGCCACGUCUUUCACGAACUCUGCCUGCAGCAGUGGUUUGAAUAUUGUUCGAAUGAAAAGAAGCGUAGCUGUCCAGUUUGCAAGCAGAAUUGCUCGGCGCAAAAUGCCGGUCGCCUUUAUUUUCAGUCGGUCGGGGACCAAACCGAACCGUUCGGGGAUCGGAAGGCGGGGGAGUGUGAGGAGGAUCCUAAGUUGUUGCGUGGAGAAGUGAAGAGAUUGGAAGGAAAAUUGUCGGGUCUCAAUACCAUUUUGGAGAGUCAAGUGAAGGAAAUGAAGCAUCUCAAUGAGGAAUUGUAUCUUUGUAAAGAUGAGUUGAAGAAAGAAGUUAAAUUGAGGACUCAUGCAAUGGAACAAAAAGCAUCGAUUCAGCACCUGCUUCGAUCGAAAUCUGAGGAGCUUGAUGCACUGAAGUUGGAGCGCAUCAGGCUGCAAGAUAGGAAUAUGGCACUUGCCAAAGAGCUUGUAGCACUCAAGCUGGUAUCGGAUGUGAAUCUGGAGGAAGAUGAGGUUUUAAAGCUUGCCUCUUUUGGUAACGAAGCCAAUAACAAAGAUACCGUAGACAUCCUGAGAAAGUCUUUGGUCAUUCGCAAUAAGACUUACAAAGAAUUGAUGGCUAAGUGUAACCAACUUGGACAGGGUGAGGCUCGUUCUUGUAAAAGACUUGAGAAGGCAAAAGAAAAGAUCAAUAAAUUAAAGACAAGGGUCAAAGAACUAGAGAUGGUUGUUGAAGUAAAAGAUAACGAAAGUUUGAGGGCUUUAAAAGCUUCAAAGAAGGCAAAUUGCAAAGGGCUUGUUGCAGAAGAUAUCAAGGACAGUUCUAAUGCUUUGGCCACAAGUACUUCAUGUGCUGGUCAAAAGGAACAGCAUUGUGUAUCUGUGGAUCUAACAGGAAGCUCGACCAGUGAUCGAGAAAAUUUUAGUUUCAUGGGUGAUAAGGGUGCCAAUUCAUCCAAAGAAUGUACUAGAAUCACUGCUCUUAACAAACAGGGAAAUGCUUAUUAUGCAAGAGAUGAAGCAGCUUUGAAUCUUCCUACAGCUGUGCAUGUAACUCUAGACCCUGAUUCAAAACAUCAGACCAGAGAGGGUGAAUCUGCUCUUGCAAAGUCAGAAGCAGUUUCUGAUAUUCACAGUGAAGCCAAAGUGCACAAAACAGUGAACCCAUCUGGACCUUUUGGCAUAAGAAUCAACAAUGGUAAGGGCAAUGCUCUUGAUUCUGCUACAGACGAGGAAGUUAUUGUGUCUCUUGAUGACACCAGAGAAGGGGAUAUAUGUUUCUCUAGUGGAUUGAUGGGUCCUGAUGGAACAAACCGGUACUUGGGGAGAUGGUGUAAGCGUGGUCAAAGCAACGGGUCAUUGGCCAUGCAAGGUACAAGUGCAAGUAGCAGGGAUUUAAUUGCUGUUGGAUCUGAUGGGCGAGGUGGUAGAGUUAAAGUGCUGAGAUCUAUGAAUCAAUCCUUGUUGGUAGGAUGGCAAGGAAAAUUCUGUAUCUGCCAAGAAGUGCAAGUAUGGAGCUAAAACAAGCAGUUUGCAAUCUCAAGGCUGUUUACAGAUAGAACACUUCUUUGGGAGGGCCAGUCAGUAAUCAAAGGUGUGCCCUUUAGUAUGUGUAAUGUCUCAGCUAUGCUUUUGGGAUGUUUAGAAGGAAAUGAAACAGUAAUACCUUCUUUCCACUCAAUUAUACUUGUAUGAUUUUCUUCCUCUUACCCCAGGCAUUAUUCAUAAUUUAACCAAGGGGCAAAGUGGUUGCUGUGCUUUUCAGUCUCGCGCAAUCAGUAACUUUUUGGGUAGAUUACUACUGAUGAGAUGGUUUCCAUUUGGAAAUUUGUUGGUACAAAGCAUAAACAUUACGAGGCCAGUAUUUAUGAGUUUUGAUAUGAAAGAGGAUAAUUUUUUUUUUUUUG